CUCUAUCGCGUAAAUUGCCGCUUGGGCCAUCUCCCAAUCCCAACUCGUUCUUUGUUCCGAUCGCGGACUCCAUAUUGUUAAGAUGUCCGACGGCAGCUUCCUUCGGUUGCUUCAUAUCAGGUUUCAAAAUGCAGAAGUGGGGACUACGCGCACCAGUCGCUGUACCAGUAUGGAUUGUUGACUGUUGUUGACUGUAUACUUUGCUCCGCUCCAUCCACCACCAAUGGUUUUUAAUCUCUGAACGUGGUUAUACCACGUUAUGUACGCUCUACUCAAGUUUGAGAAACGACGUGCAUCACGAUGCGCGUUUCAUAACAUUCCGAUCUCAGUGGACGGAUCGAGAAGUAUGCUGAAAUAUAAUGCGGCAGAAUGAUAUAUUUUCCGGCAUUUUUUCUCAUUUUAUCGUGGUUCGGGAGCAGACUGCAGGGUUCCAAUAUCAAUAAUACUCUAACGUCAUGGACUGGUGGACCACGUGCCAAACUGGAGGUAUGGCCUCAGAUCGUAAAUGGAGACGGACAGAAAUUGAUGCUACGUAGGAAAAAUGAACCCUUGAACAUGACCUGUACAGCGGUUUAUCAGAGCGGUGAAAAAAAUAAUGAACUUUUAUCCGAUUACAUAGUCGACUGGAAAGUGCCUUUUCAUGUAAAUAAUCGCGGAACCAAAAUGGAACGUGGUCAGGGUCCUAAUGUGGCGUGGCUGUGGUUUGAAAGGCUGGCCGAGAAAGAUGCAGGAGAUUACAGAUGUAUGGCAGUUUCUGUAAAUUCCCAGAAGCAGCAGACAUUGUCCUUAAAUAUUCAUCUAACCGUUAAACAUAAGAUUAUGUACUGUGAUCCUCGAUGGUUCAAAUGUCACUCAUCCAUUUGUAUAAUGCCACGAUUCAUGUGCGACGGUAAACGGGAUUGCGAAGACGGAGAGGACGAAAGUAUGGCAGCGGGCUGUGGUCCAGACCCUUGCGUCGGAAAAAUAUACUGUGACGAAAGAUGCAUCCCACCUGACUGGUGCUGCGAUCAACAUAAUUGUAGCGCGAAUUCACAGUUAGCACGUCCAGAACCUCCUACCAUACAUCCACGUUUCGGAGACAUGAGCUUUUUACAGACGACUAUGUUUACGAUCAUUGGUUGCGCAAUGGCCUUUAUGUUCAUAGUGACUAUAUUAAUGAUAGCCAUAUGCAGAGUUCAGAUGAAAAGGGCUAUGAAUUCUAGAUGCUCGCAGCCGAUGAACAUGACUUAUUCGAGACCACAUCACGCAACACCACUAUAUGACCUCGACGUUUAUUUGAAUAGAACCAUGGAUAUCAAUAACCCAGGCGGAGUGAAUGUCAUGUACAACAUCAACAGCGGAGUACAAUUUGUGGGACAACCAGUCGAGCCUCCACCUUAUUCAGAAGUCGUGUUUGUCCCUCCUCGAGAAGGUCCACCUCCACCAUACAUGUCCUACGAUAAUCUCUUAGAAUUGCCCACGGUUCAAGGUGUUUCACCUGUAACUGGUUCUAACAUACCUCUACACGAUAAUCUCGAAGCGUUGGCUCUUAAUCACGCUGUAAACAACGAAGGCGUUGAAUUAACGGAUACAGGUAUUCGUAGGUUUCAGAGUAACAUAGACGCCGGAAACAUUCGCGGUUUUACGGCCGGCCAAGUGCCAGAGCCUCAAAUUCAACACGGUUUAGGGAUAUUUAGCUUUAACUUAGACGAUACCGAUGGCACCUCGAGCACUGGCUUCAAUACAUCUCGAAACGACGCUUUGAACAGGUGCGGUGCCGCAUCCGAUCGUUCAGGAUCGGUCGGUAGUUUUACGCCCACCAGGGAUGUAAUUUUAAGUACGCGGAAUUACGAGCCGGAAUACGUGGAGACGGACGCACUGCUGAUAGAAAAUCGCUCUGCGAACGGAACUCCACGGGCAAUGGACGGAAAAUCCGCGGAAAAUCGUGCGGCUCAGGAAAGCCGCAGGCGGAAGCAGGACCAACGCAGGUCUCUUUGGUACUGGUCCUCCAUCGACAGAAGUCGCUUGGCAGGGACCGAAAACCAUAGCAGAGGUCGUUAUUUGGCAAACUCGGAGAACGAAGGCAUUUUCCUAGAAACCGAACCUCACGAUUCUGGUACAUCGGACAAUGCCUACGGUCAGCAUCCCGAGGUAGCCGCCACUUCCUCGUUUUCUCCGGAUGCCAAUCUGGCGAGCAACUCGAAAGGGUCAGACGCGAAGUCCAAGGUAGAGGCUACUAGUACUUCCAGAUUACUUUCCGGCCAGAAUCCUGCGAAAGAUUCGGCCAAGUCCGAGAAGGACGCGAAGAGGUCCAAUGCGGAGACUGGAGUUACCGUUGUGGAUACUUCUGUACAAACGCUGAAAUGCCUGGAUGAUACUGCGAGCUGCAGUACCAUCGGAGAUAUUUCUACCAGUCAGGAAAGCUUCGGUAUUGGGAACGAUUUCACCUCGUGCCGGGUUCAGAGUCAUAGUUGUAUAAAAGGGGACGAAGGUGGCAAUCUCUUGCCGCGUACCAUUGAUAAUCACAGAUGCGUCGAUUCCUUGGACUUGUCUACCGGAAAUGGCAAUGCGAGUGCUCGCGAUUGCGAGCCUGGUGGAUCAGCGUGCGAAGCUCAACGUUUAUUGUUGCCGUUGAGGGAGUCUUUCAUCGGGGUGCGAAAAGAGACGUGAAUUAACGCCGUUUAAGGAUCUUCCUGCUCUUCCACGUGGAGUGUAAAAUGUCAAACACGCAGGGACCCGAUUCGCAAGUUCAUACGAUCAACUUUCGUAUAAGACUCAAAUGUCGACCAAUGACGCGACUUCCCAACGAUGAAAAAUUUUUCAUGCGGAUCUGUUUGUGCUAAAAAAAAUCCGUAUGAACUCGAGAAUCGAUUGAGUACGUAUUUUUACGUAUGGCGAUCCGGCUCGGCGGGAAUAGAUUUGCUGGAGUAGAGAUGAAUCUUGCUUCCUAUGAUAUUAUUUACCGAUAUUAUAAGAGUGCAUGCAAAAGUGCCCCGAUAGAGCUACUUUUCUCGGCGAUGCUUGCAUCAGGAAAAUCCGGGAAUAUUCGUAGCCGCUCUUCUCGGGUAGCGUUUACACGUACAUUGCGUAAUAGUUACUUUAAGUAAGGAGUAGGAGAUACCAUAUUGGUAGCGAAUACGGCCAUUCAUUGUAUUUAAUAAGUACAAUACUUAAACCGAUUGUAGCUAAACACGCGCGCGUAGCUGAGUUAGGGCAACGAUAUCUCUCUCUCUCGAGGUCGUUAAAUCCAAACUACUUCUAAUUCUCCUGACGUUCAAAUUUUUAUGCAAAUUAAGGUAUCGCCUAAUAGUACGAAUCUUAUAAGACAUUUAUUACACGUCCUCGCCGACGUCUUUAUCAGCCAGUCUUGCUAAAUCGGAUCUAUGAUCGGGUAGACUAUCUUAUACUUCUAUACAUUAAUAUCUAUCUCCAUAAGAAAGGGAAGAAUGACAUAAUAACGUGCGUACUUAGUAGGUUCGAGCACAUAUCAAAUAUAGAUUUUGCCUUCGAGGCACUUACCACCGGUGCCUGCAUAGAGAUCUCAAGACGGGCAUUUGCUUACAGAAAGAAAAGGAAAAAAAAAAAGAGAAAAAGGACCGGUGCGAGAUGAUUUCGAUGAUGGCCAAUCAGUAGAUAAUAGGUACGCUUAAAAUAACGCAGAAGUACGCGAAGGUCCUAAUAGGCCAUAGGUCCGUAGACACCGAAAAGAUUUAUGAAUAUCAUGUUGUUCUUCCUUUUUUUUCUUUUCUUUACACGAGAAAGGCCUCUGCGAGCCUUCCAUGAUUACGGAGUCGUUUGCGUAAAUUAACCCGUUACCAUUACGUGGACCACUCUGUACGCGAAAUAUUUUAUUAGAUAUCUAUUACUCGUGUAGCAUCCUGACCGAAUGUACAUAAAUUGCGUGUACAUAUUUAUUCCAUCGAGAAUGAGCAGACCUUCUAAGGGUUUUUUUAUCGACCUGUUUUCAGGUUUAGGAGACUCGUGUAUAUAAUAUACGUAUGAUUUACUCGUCACGUGGAACGUUGUUUAGACGUUAUAUUAUUAUAAUAGGCGCCGAUUGUAUCCUAGACAAUAACGUUUAGGGUUGACGGGAAUUUCCUUACUUCAGGGCAUGUUUCUUUGCGUGCACCCGUGUUUAAUUACCUUUAAGUUACUUGAAAGGGUCGAAUACUCGGUAACAAGUUGUGCCUCGCCAAUCAUUCUAUUCACACGAGUGAAUAUACCUCUAAGCUGUAAUUACUAUUUAUUUGUCUGAUAAGUAUGCCGUACGUGGAUAAAAAAAAAAAUCUUGCCCUGCGUUUUAAACAAAGGGCGAUUCGUGAUAGACGUUGAAUUUAUGUGCGUCUUCGUGCCAACGAUUAAACAAAAUACGCCAGUCCGACUUCCAUUAGUUUACGAAGAUACUUUUGUCGCUCUCGCAAAUCAAUUGCAAAUCAAUCGCCCUUUAUCCGACGUUUUUUAGUAGUGCCUAUGGCUAGGCUCCGAACGAUAUUUAGCCUAUAUCUACUACAACGUUCUAUAAAUAUUUUAGCCAGCAAUAUAUUUCUCGAGGCGGUAAUACGUACUAUGUACAGUGCUCGUCAAAGUGGAUGGAUACCUUCCUAAAAGUUAAACCCCGUUAAGAUGUCGAUAGUCUAAAAGGUGAUUAAUCUUAAGUGCAUUGUAUAGAACCUGUCGAAUUCCAACAUGGUGGAGCAUUUUAGCUUCUAGCAGGAAUAAAAGCAGCGACCAGCCAGUGA